AUGACGAAGCAUGGAUACUGUCACAAUACAACAGCAAUCAACAACAAUCACAGCCAACAAAGCAAGCAAAGCUACGGCAACUGCAACAUAAGUGCACACAAGCUUCUGGUCAGCGGCAACAUGAACACGACGGCGAUGCUGAUGCAUCACCAGCAGCAGCAGCAGGCGGCAGCAGCGGCCGCCGCUGCAGCAGCACAACAGCAACAGCAACAGAAUGGCUGCCGCGACGGCAGCAACAGCUCGCGCGGAGCCGGAGACGAACGGCCAAAUGGACGCAGCUCACACACGGGCAAUGGACGCGGCUCCAGCUGCUCCCCGGCCAGCAGUCCCACGCGCCAUGGCAGCGCUGUCAGUCCGGUGAGCUCCCUGAACCAUUCGAUGAUGGCGCAAAUGGCCCAGCAACAACAGCAGCAGCAGCAACAGCAGCAGCAGCAGCAACAUCAUCAGCUCAGUCCGCCGCCGCAUGUCGCCGGAGCGCUGGGCACGGGCCUGGCGCCACGCAUGCCGCACGGCUUGCCGCCGCACUCGCUGGGUCUGCUCAACUCGCUGCAGAUGAUGCAUCACGCGUCGCCCUUGGAGCUGAUGGCCGCGGCGCAUCAUCAUGUGCCGCCACGUUCGUACAACUCGCCGCCGCCCAUCUCCACCUCGGAUCCCAGCGCCAAUGAGUGCAAGCUGGUCGAGUAUCGCGGCCAGAAGGUGGCCGCCUUUAUAAUCAGCAAUGAGACAAUGCUGUGCCUGCCGCAGGCUUUUGAGCUCUUUCUCAAGCACCUGGUCGGUGGCCUGCACACGGUCUACACUAAACUGAAGCGACUGGACAUUGUGCCGCUUGUGUGCAAUGUGGAGCAGGUGCGCAUAUUGCGUGGUCUGGGCGCCAUCCAGCCGGGCGUCAAUCGCUGCAAGCUGCUCAGCUGUAAGGACUUUGAUGUGCUCUACAGAGACUGCACUACUGCCAGAUGCCUAUCGAUCAAGCCGCCAGAGAGUUCCAGACCGGGUAGACCACCGAAACGUGGCCCUGUUGGCCUAUCGCUGCCGCCCACGCAUCUCACACAGCAUCCGCAGCUGAAGAAGCAUCGCCUGGACAACGGUGACUAUGCCUAUGAGAAUGGCCAUAUUAGUGAUAUAAAUCGUAUGGAAAAGUCGCCGCUGUUGGCCAACGGCUAUAAUCCUCCGCCCAUUAACCACAUGGCCUUUAUGCAAAUUAAUGCCCAUCAUCCUGGCGCGGCGGCACUCAUGUCGCCUGGCAUGCCUCCACAUGGUCUCCAUGCCCGUCCAGAGAGUCAAAUGCUGAAGGCGGCUGCACAAAAUGCUGGCAUGUCGGCUGCCAGUAUGGAUGCACUGGCCCGCUCGGGCAUCUGGGAGAACUGCCGUGCCGCCUACGAGGACAUUGUAAAGCACUUAGAGCGCUUGCGCGAAGAGCGCACGGAUGAGAGACAGCAGGCCAUAUGCGCCGGUGGAGUCGACCGAUGCGGGAGUAUUGUGAACGAGCGGGACUUGAAGCCCAGGGAUCUUAGCUCGCGCAAUUGCUCCCCCACACGCCAAAGUCCAGUUCUCAACUUGAGCAAGUCCGGCGGGAACACGGACCAUGGCGGCAGCAACUGCGACGCCGGCAGCGACCGCAGCGAUUGUCUCUCGGCAGCGCCAUCGCCGCGUGGGUCGCGCAGCCUAGACGAAGGCAGCCGUAGCGUUGGCGGCGGUCCCAUAAUUGGCGUCGAGGACGACGAGGAGGAAGAGAAUCUGAGCGAUGAGAACCAAUCCGAAGUCGAUGAACGCUGCUUGGCAAAAGACGACGAGGACUUGAGUGACACGGAGCGUGAUAAUCUAUCCACGGGUUCGGCGGCCGCUACCGCCGCCGCUGCCGCAGCUGCUGCUCAUUUGCAUCAACAUGCUGCAGUCGCCUCACACCAUCAUCCGGGGCAAGCGCAUCAUCUUGGCGUGGUCGGCCAGCAUGGAUCACCGACGGCCGAUGUAGCUGCCGCCGCAGCACUGCAGCAUCAGCGCGCCCUAAACUACUCCCAGCUAGCGGCUGCUGCUGCCGUGGCCAAUGGUGCGGCAGGCGCCGCCGCCGGAGCGGCAGCAGCUAAUGGGCCUUCACCCGGCGGGGGUGGGGCAUUGACGCCUAAUGAGGCGUUGUUGGCUUCCAAUGAUGGAACUGCGGCCGCUGCACUGGCUGGCGGGCUGGCUCUGGGUCCGCUCGGCCUCGAUGCUCAUGCCGUUGUGCCCGCAAGCUCCACGGAAACGUUGCUGAGGAACAUACAAAGUCUCCUAAAGGUGGCCGCAGACAAUGCCAGGCAGCAGGAACGGCAGAUUAGUUAUGAGAAAGCCGAGCUCAAGAUGGACGUACUACGCGAACGCGAGGUUAAAGAUUCCCUGGAACGUCAGCUUGUCGACGAGCGCAAGCUACGUGUGCUCUACCAGAAACGGUUCAGACGCGAGCGCAAGAUUCGUAUCCGGUAUCAACAACAGCUGGGCGAAGAGAGCAGCAAAGGCAACACAAGCUCGAAUGCCAACAACGUCACCUGCAGCGAGGCAGAGCUGUGCGCAGGCAGCGCCGCCGAUGGCAAAUGCAGCAAUAUUGGCAGCGAAGGUGCUGAGGCGCUAAAAGAUACGGACUGCGGCAGUCGUGGCGGCAGUGAUAAGUCUGAGAAGUCCUUAAGCUCCUCAUGUGACGUGACCAGUCAAACGGUCCAGGCGGCAUCCGCCACACAUUCGGAUCCCCCUACCCACUUUAAACGCGAGCCUCACUCCGAUCACGAAGGCUCCAUGGAGCGCCAGCAGUGCAGCAGCGCUGUCCGCGAUAAUGAACCGCGCUGCUCCAGUCGUGAUCGCGAGGACCAACCACCCAUUGCUGCUUCUGUUACCGCCGCUGCAGAGGGCAGCUUAGCAGCAGCCGCUGUCGCUGCAGCCACAGCUGCUACUGGCAACGGCAAGGCUACUUGGAGCUAUCCAGGCAUCGAUCUGAUGGCCACUGGCGCCUUCUGGCAAAAUUAUUCGGAAUCCCUCGCACAGGAGCUGGAAAUGGAGCGCAAGACACGUGCAGCGAAUGCUGAGCGCGAUGUGAAAAGUCCGUUGUCGGAGAGGCCGACGGCGUAUUACAAGAACUCGGUGCUCUUUGGGAGUGCCAACUAAGCUUCUAUGCGGUCAGCUGUUGCCAAAGGCGACAAGGAUAUUUGAUCUCAAAGUGCAAUCCAGGUGGCGGCAUUGAGAAGUGCGCGUCUUGUGAGCGCGGCCGGACCAAAAUGCAGAACUCCAACAUAUUAGAGCAAUCUUAUGUAUAUACAAAUAUAUAU